UCACUGGUGAGCCGGCCCAAGCAAGAUGGACACGGGUGGCGGCUUUGUCCUGCCUGCUGGCAAGGGCAGCUCCCAGAGCCUUCCCCCUGGGGCCGCAGGGGAAGAUGAUGCCGGUGCAGGGGGUCCCACGAGCAGCGUCGAGCGGAGGAAGCUCUCGUCCAAGCAAGAGAUGCGCCUCGUCGCCUUUCUCGAUGAUCAGUUUAUGGCCCUUGUCCGCGGGUUCAACAAGCGGCACGAACCGGUCUCAUCCACAUCAUCGUCUUCGAGCAGCAGCAUAAGGACCGUCCAGGCCUACAUCGAAGCCGCCGAGCGAAUCCUUGGCGUCAUCACGUCGAUUCCGCCUGUGGGCCCUUCUGCGGCGCUCCUCGUCAGCUAUCUCUUGCGUUUCACGGGUGACAUCGUUGAUGGGAUUCAAGGCUAUGAGGCUGAAGGGGUUGAAGCUCAAGGCGAUGCUACGCUGUCGGUCGAAGACCAGCUCGACUUCGUCCUGUGGUUCAUGGUCGUGCUCGAUAAGAUCUGGGCGGCUAUCCUGAAAGGCCACGUCGUCGACUACAAAAUCAUCAAGGGGCGCGCCUCGGAGGAGGCGAAAGGAGCUGGAGCAAAGGAAAAGGUCAUCGAUGGCCGCUUCACCUCUGUGGUCACCAACCGGCAAGAAGGGAAAGAAGGGCCAGGCAUUCCAGAGAGCAAACCGCUCGUUGGCGGCAAGGGCACCUCUACAGUGGGGCAGACGGACAGGAUCAGAUUGAGAAACGUCGCUGUAGGAGCGAGGGAUGGGCUGUUUGCGUGGAUGAGGCAGCAGCUCAACCGGCCGAUUCCACCACGAAUCGAGGACGAUGGCGAGGACGAAGAGGAGCUUUUCAUAGAGCAAGGAGAUGUCGACCAGGAGGAGGAAGCUCAGGAGUUUAGAGAACACGAGGGAGCGACUCGGAGCAGCAACGGAGCGCAGAUUAGCCAGCAACAGGAGGAAGACGAGGAAGACGAGAUGGAGGAAGUCGAUAUCGAUAAGGUCGCGAAAGGGGACGACGAGGAAGAGCCGGAACGACGUUCACACUACGAUGAUCUAUUCGCGAGAAAGAUUGAUCUGGACGAUUCAGACGACGAAGAAGAAGUCGAAGCGAGAGAUGACGAAGGAGGGGAGCUUGAGCCAGAGCGAGGUCAGAAGCGUUCAGCUGAAGCAGGAACCAGCUCACCCUCAUCGAAGCGGGUCAAGCGAGAAGAGGAUGAGGAGAUUCCAGAACCACCCUCGCCGACCUCAUCGCUCACGACAGCAGCGCCAACGAUUGAUAUGGAAAGCGUGGCGACCUUCUCGGGCACGGACGCGGCGACCAUCAUGCAAUGGGAUUCCCGCUUCUCCAGAGUCCUCUCGCGCACCCUGCGUUCGCUCAGCGAUAUCCAGGACGCGAAAGCCACGGCACAGAAGCCACCUGCGAGGAGCGCACUUCAGCAAGAGGUCGAAGCAUAGCGCCAUACCGUCGAGCAUUGCUGCAAGUUGACAGAGAUAAUGUAUUGGUACGCAAUUCGAGAUGAUGGGCAACGGGCAACGCAAGACAAGGAUAAAGCAUGACUGUACAAGAAUUAAUCUCCUUCCCUUCCCCCACCCCUCUAUUCGUUUCGUAAGGUAAUAUUGAAAGGUAUCAUUCAG